ACUUGAAAGCAUUGACUAAUAAUGAAAAUGACUACAAAUUAAUUACACUUAGGAUUAGAUCCCAGUCGCGGUUCGACCCUCGUCAGACUCUCGUACGUGCCGUGUAAUAUAAUGCUAUGGAGUGCACCUUAGAUGUAAGCCUAUCUGCUCCAUUAGUUUAGACUUAUCAAUGCUCUGCUGUUUUCCCUAAUGUAUACACCCACAGUCUGACUGGAAUAUGUGUACAUGUAUAAAAGUCGACAAGAAAUCCGUUGCCGAUGAUUCCCAUCAAUUCAUUCAAAACAUUUAACGUGAGAGACGGACGUAAAUAAAUAAAAGGAAUGGUCUGGUUUCUGAAGUUAGUAUCUGUGAUGCUGCUCUCCAUCUUCGCGACCUGUUCUCCACUAAAACAAAAAGAAGCCAAUAAAGACGAGGAGGGACACAAUCAUCGAAAUUUAGUGUUAACAAUACAACACGGGAAGAAUGACCCUUCGGGUUCUGCGAAUACCCUGGUGCCUUAUGAGGAAUAUGCAAGACAAACACAGAAAGGAUUGCCCAGCGAUGUAACCAAGACCUUUCGAGACUCCCUACCUAACUUUUUGUUACGCAAGACUCUAAACAGCCCAUGGAAUGCACACAAUAGUGAGGAGGGCAAUGAAAAAGAACCACUACUAGCUUUGAUCCCAAUGCGUGGGAGGAGAACUUGGAGGCGACGAAACUUCCAGAUUUACAAUACCGUUCCGGAUGCAGGGUAUAGAUUUAACACGGUGGCGAUUGAUCCGAUGUUUUAUUUUCUUGGAAUUGGGAAGUAAGUGUAUUUGUGCGGUCUCGUGAGAUAAAGCAGUGGAAAUAUACAAGUUGAAGUAACGUUUGAUAUCAAAGACUCCGGCACAAAAUUCAGUGACAUUUGUUUGGUUGUUACACAACACUAAUGCAGUAAAAAUGUUCAACUUGACAAACGUUCAUAUUAUAUUCUUCUGUAUGUUAUAUACUUUCAUAAGAAUAAACGAGUAAAAAUAAA